AUGCCGAAAGUUCGUAGAAGCCGGAAACCGCCUCCGGAUGGAUGGGAACUUAUAGAACCUACACUAGAAGAAUUGGAGCAAAAAAUGAGAGAAGCUGAAACUGAAUCUCAUGAAGGCAAACGUAAAGUAGAAGCAUUGUGGCCAAUUUUCAAAAUUCAUAACCAGAAAUCAAGAUAUAUUUAUGAUUUGUUUCAUAGACGUAAAGCUAUUUCUAGAGAAUUGUAUGAUUUCUGCCUGCAAGAAAAAAUUGCCGAUCAAAAUUUAAUAGCAAAAUGGAAAAAACAAGGUUAUGAAAACCUAUGUUGCCUUCGUUGUAUUCAAACUAGGGAUACAAAUUUUGGAACUAGUUGUAUAUGCAGAGUCCCAAAAUCUAAACUAGAAGAAGGUCGAAUUGUGGAAUGUGUGCAUUGUGGAUGUAGAGGUUGUUCCGGCUAA